UUUUAUUCGAUAGCCCCCCAUCACCAAUCAUAAACAGAAAAAUGUUUACGUACGAUCUUAACCAGAAAACUAUUUUCGUGCUGGACCAUACGCAAUAUUUCAGCAUAUCCAGUGAGGAUUAUAUACCCCUAGAAUUGCUAAAAGGUAAGCCAGGAAUUACAGAACCAUCAAAAGAUGUUCCAGUCUCAGGUGGUACGAGCGAUGUUCAAUUUAGCAAAAGUUUAUGGACAUGCUCAGUGGAAUCGUCUAUUGAAUACUGCCGUAUAGUAUGGGAUCUUUUCCCUCGAGGCAAACUUGUACGUUUCAUCGUUAGUGACACUGCGGCACAUAUUGUCAACACUUGGAAUCUAACUACACAGAAUAUGUCGCAUGUUUUAAAUGCAAUGGCACUUGUUGGAGUCCCACAACGCAAUGCAGUGCAAUCAUCAGAUUUUUCGGUAAUACAUGGCUUGCGUGCGGCUAUAGAAGCGCUCGCUGAACCAACCGAAACUCAACUAGCGCUAUUACAAGAGCGUGAUAGUACUUUGAUUCAUUCAGGAGAAAAUCCGAUGCCUAACAAAGGGCGUGUUAUAUGCAUAACAUCGGCGCGGGAUAACUCUAGUAUGAAGAGUCUUGAGGACAUAUUCCACACCGUGUUGAUGCAACAAAAUACAUUGGCUGCUACUCAACGCAAAAUGCUUCACAUUGACCACUGUCAUCUAGUGAUCAUCAAUGUGGUACCACUUAACAUAGACUCACUCGUAACCAAUCGCGGAAAAAUGGAUUUGUCGUCAGUAUUAUCAACUGAAAUUCACACUACAUGUGCGCCUAAUAUUUCAAAUAAAUUAACACAUUUAAUCAUGAGCCACUACGACUUGGCAAGUACUACAGUUACGGGUAUACCCAUGAAAGAAGAACAAAAUGCUAAUUCAAGUGCAAACUAUGACGUAGAGAUUUUACAUGCACGAAACGCCCACACUUCCAUAUGUGGUAGUGAAGCACUGCUUCCCACAAGCCGCAAAGAAGGUGCUGAAUACGAAACCGUGACUCUGAAGUGGUGUACGCCACGUGGUUGUGGAUCUUCUGAUAUGCAACCAUGUUUGGCUCAACACCGCGUAACCCCAGUGGAUGUUACGUCGCGACCCAGCGCUUGUCUCAUUACGUUUUUAUUGAAUGGGCGUUCAGUUUUACUUGAAAUGCCAAGAAAAACUGGCGGAAAGACAACGAGUCACUUACUUUCGGCUCGUGGGGGUGAAAUCUUCAUUCACGCUUUGCAAAUCACCCGCUCUUGUCUGGAAGAUCUGCCCUCAAUUUCCGAGGGUCCUGGUGGACGCGUCACCGACUAUCGGAUCGCUGAUUUUGCCUCGUUUAUUAAAGCGCAUCGCUUCGUGCCGCUUAAAGUGAAGUCAAAGUCUGAAGAAAAUCUACACAAAGCUCGUGAAAGGCUACAACGUCGCUCACGCUAUUUUCCACUUACACUUAACACUAGCUUGAUAUAUAAUCUCCAGCGAAACCUUAGCUGGGUGCCCUAUUUCCUACGUAAAAUUAGUAAAGAGGAUAUGGAUAAGACCGACGAAACGCAGUGUCAGCAAUAUAUUUUCGAAAUUUACACAGCCGCAUCUCGCGGGGAGCCGUUGCCGUUCCCUAAUAUGGGCGGAGGACGGUUAAAGGGUUCAAAAAAGGCUGACCAAUACAAGUUGAUUUACGCUGAACUAGAAGUGUUGAUACGGGCCUAUGCAACAACACCACAUCACAAAGUCAUUUUAGAGAGCGUGCAAAAUGUGCGUGCUGCUUGUGGAGAUACAACCGUUAAAACGGAAAAUGAUGGAAGUCGCGAUUCAAUUGGUAAAACUGUAAUGCGGGAUUCUCCAAUGUCACCACCUCAUUCUAUGGACAGCAGUAGUAGCAGUAGCAGUUUGCUUAAAACAAGCAAGCGUAAUUUAAGCAGCAGCGGACAACGCUCACUCUUGGACAUAUUUACCAGCACGGAACGUAGUCAAUCUGCAAAACGCGUCGACUUCUCGGGUCGGCUUUGUACACCAACCGGACAAAUUGCAAAAUUAUAUCCAGAUUUUUGGAACAAAGAAAAAGAGUCUGGUUCUGCUUCGUCUUCCAACACCGCUAUAAAAGAAGAAAGUUUAGGUAUAAAGUUGGAAUUGGGUGUGAGAAAUUGAAUAUGUGAAUAUUUUAUUAAAUAGUAAUAAAUUAAAAUGUCCAUAAGUGUGUAAAAUGUAUACCAAAUUGUCUGAAAAUUAAUAAAUACGGUAAAUGAUCAC